GCGUGUGUGCGUGUGUGAUUGUCGCAAACAUUGUCCUGCUGCGUGUGUGUCUGGUCUGGUGAUACGGUACGGUGGUGUGCGGCUGGUUGAGUGAAAGCAUUUCAAGUCUCUGCACACGGGUGGAACGCGGCGCCAUUACGACACACGGCACACAGCAGCACAUUCCCGGAUUGUUUUGUUGGGGUUGGGCUUGGGAAAGGAGCUUAUGUGCGUUUCGGUGCCUUUCGGUGGAAUAAAACGAAAGUGUGUAUCGUCGUGUUAAAAGUGUGUGCACACGUUUGUGCAAAAGAAAACAAACAAAAAAACCUACAGCAAUAGAGCGAAAGUUAACAGUGUGUGUGUAUGUGUUGUUGUGUACGGUGUGUCGGGGCACAUACAGGCAAACAAACACAGAAACAAAAACCUACCUCAUUUUGUGCGUGGCAGCCCUUUUUUACGGCGCUGAGCGUCUUCUACCAAACAAGUGUGCAAACCCUUCGUAAAGUGAAAUCCUCUGCUCACAAAUUAAGAAUCAAAAUCAAAGCAAGCAGUGUGUGAUUGUGUGUGUGUGUGUGUGUGUGGCGGUGUAAAGUAACGCAAAGAGCCACAGCGCAAAGAAGAGUGCAGUGCACAGGAAGCAGGAAAAAGAAAACAACAGGGCAAAGAAUACGCACGUCAUUGGAGGAGAGGAGGAGGUGCUACGUUCUAGAAAACCCAAACAAAACAAACCGCACUGCGACGACGCGCCUUUUUCCCUCCAGAAGAAGAAGAAGAAGAAGAAGAGUAAGAAGAGAAGGAGGAUAUCCGCGCGCCUCAUAGCGUGUGUGUGAGUGUGUGUGCGUGCGAAUUAGUGUGUGAGAAUCGCUCCCCGUUUCCACAGCGCGCCUCCUGUGUUUUUUUCCCCCACUCAACGUCAUCCUUCCCUGCUGUGUGGGCUUUUAGGGCCUCACCAAUACACCGAAGCAAGCAGAAAAGCAAGCGACGAUAUGGCGGGUGUGUUCGAUCUGGAGCUGCACGAGGAGGAGGAUCUGCGCGAUUCUGAUGACGACAUAAUCGAUAUUGAGGAUGUCGAUCUGGAACCCGAACUUCACAUCAACACAAAUCUAGAAACCGAAGGAUCUGAAACGAUACCACUGUCGGAAGACAUUAUAAACCCGGGACGAAUCAAGCUAGGGCCGCAGGAUUUUGAGCUAAAGAAAGUAUUAGGCAAAGGCGGAUACGGUAAAGUCUUCCAAGUCAGAAAAACCACUGGUGCUGAUGCAAACUCGUACUUCGCGAUGAAGGUGUUAAAGAAGGCGUCGAUAGUUAGAAAUCAAAAAGACACAGCCCACACACGCGCCGAGCGAAACAUAUUAGAGGCGGUUAGGCAUCCCUUUAUCGUAGAGCUAGUGUACGCCUUCCAGACCGGUGGCAAGUUGUAUUUAAUUCUAGAAUACUUGAGCGGCGGCGAGCUGUUCAUGCAUUUAGAGCGCGAGGGAAUAUUUUUGGAGGACACUGCAUGCUUUUACCUAUGCGAAAUCAUUCUCGCCCUGGAGCAUCUGCACAAUCUGGGCAUCAUCUAUCGGGAUCUGAAGCCGGAAAAUGUGCUGCUGGAUGCGAAGGGCCACGUGAAGCUGACCGACUUUGGCCUGUGCAAGGAACACAUCCAGGAGGGCAUUGUAACGCACACGUUCUGCGGUACGAUCGAGUACAUGGCACCGGAAAUUCUAACGCGCAGCGGACACGGCAAAGCGGUCGAUUGGUGGUCGCUCGGUGCCCUCAUGUUCGACAUGUUGACGGGAAUGCCCCCGUUCUGUGCGGACAAUCGAAAGAAGACGGUCGACGCUAUACUGAAGGAUAAGCUGAACAUCCCGGGCUACCUGACGCCGGACUCGCGCGAUCUCAUCCGCCGGCUGAUGAAGCGGCAAGUGUCGCAGCGCCUCGGCAGCGGGCCGACCGAUGGGCAGGCGGUGCGGGCACAUCCCUUCUUCAAGAACGUCAACUGGGACGAUGUGGUCAAGAGAAGGCUAGAUCCACCGAUCAAACCAGUGCUUGCCAGUGAGGAUGAUGUGUCGCAGUUUGAUACCAAGUUUACGAAAGAGAUUCCGGUGGAUUCGCCCGAUGAAACAACGCUGAGUGAGAGUGUCAAUCUAAUCUUCCAGGGUUUCACGUACGUCGCCCCAUCCGUGCUGGAGGACAUGCAGUCGCGCAUCACGAUGCCCCGGUCGCCCCGUCGCAUGCACCGCCACAACCUGCACCAGCACCAUCAGCACAAUCACCAUCACGGCAGUGCGCACCACCACCACCACGGUGCCGGCAGCAGUCGAAUGAUGGGCUCGGCCGGAGGGACAGGAGCAGCGCCGAUGGAGAAUGGCAGUGGGAGCAGUGGCACCUGGAAGAUGGCCCCGCAUCAAAACAUGCACAACCAUCAUCCGCACGUGCAUCGGGGAGGAGGUCAAAUGGUGCCACCGAACCAGCAGCAGCAGCAGCAGCAAGCGCUCGGUGGCCAGCCGUCGUCCGCCCAGCAACCUCACAAUCAGACGCAACCGGCUGGUGGAGCGGCCGGUGUUAGCGGUGGUCCGCCCGGUAGCCGCCCGUUCAAUGCGGCCUCCAUCUCGCGACGAACGCCGCCCCAUCUGCAACCGUUCGCGCCGCGCCCCUCGCCACAGGACGAAAUGAUGGAUGUGUAUCCGGAAAUGUCCAUCUCUUAGCCAACACUGGAGGAUUAUAGCAGUUAUAGGAAAUUCGUCACCUAAGAGAUGUGCUGCAGCAGGACGAGAGAGACACCAUUUAGAAAGAUGAAGCAAAACGGGGCGUAAGGAAGGAAGCAGCAUCGAAGGGGGAGUGCAUCUCCAAAACUAAUUAACCCGUAGUCUAGCGUAAACAAUAAGAAAAGGCAAUUUGUUCCGAACAAUGCGUGUGUGAGGGCGCGCGUAGAAAGAGAAAACAAAGGUGCGUGAGAUAGGGUAGGGAAGAGUCUGUGUAUCUGUGUAUGUGUGUGUGCGUGUUACAACAGCAACUACAUACAACAAAUCACCAAGCAAAAGAUUAGAAUAACGAAUUUCAACUAAGUCCUUUUCCGUUUUACUUUCCUUCUUUCCUUCCAACGCUCCAACGAACAGAACCGCUUCCGCAGGGAUUACUUUACAUUUGUUUAUUUCUCUCAGUUUAUGGAGCUCUUCCUUUGCUGCCUGUUUUUAAACUGCUCGACUCAGGCGAUAAGCGCUAGUAGGAAAACAUCCUGUCCUCUCCUGUUCUUCUAAACUCUCAAUCUCCCAGGCAUAGUGGAUACAUAAAGGCGCCACGCAAACACAGUCGUUAAGCCGUAGUGUUUUAAAGCAAUUUUACGUUGCGCUCUGUAAGGUGUAGGGGAAGAAGGUGCGCUAUAGAAUUAUGAAUGAAAUUGUGUGAAAGCUAAAAGGAUGCAAAUGGGCGUUGAAUGUGGUGGUUCCCUUCCUCUGUCCAGCAAUCAGUUUAAUCUUCCGGGUUGGAGUUGGAGAAGCGACGAUGAAGCCUUUUUUAUUAUUAUAUAUUCUUUUGUUUUGUACUUCUACCCCCUUUUCUUCCUCCUUCGAACACGGUUCACAGCAGAUAUUUUACUAUCGAUAAAGAGUUACUAGAAAUUGCUAAUAGAAACUAAUAGCAGCUUUAGCGGAGAAAAAAAAGGAUUCGAUUUCAUUACGCAAAAUAUUACGCAAAAGAAAACCAACCCGACCGUCAUCACACCCACACAUAUACACACUCCUAUCCACACGCUGGGUGUUGGUGAUGGUGGGGCCGGUGGUGUGUGGUAUAUUUAGAGAUUUUUUUUGUAAGCAAAAACUAACUAAAACCAUCGUUUAUAGAAAUUGUAUUAUAAAUUGUGUGCUCCCUUUCCCGCUCACUUCAUCUCGCAAGCGGCCACUUGUUGCUGUGUUGCAAUUGAAAUUACCUGGUGCAAGGAAAUGUUACACUCGCAAUUAACUACUAGUACCACGUACACACUCGAGCGAGCAAAGAGAUGAUUAUAGAGCGAGAAGAAGCGUUUGGGAGAAUAAGUUGCAUUUUGAGUAUGAAACAAACAAAACAGGUAGCAAUCCUAGUUACAAAAUAAUAAUGAAAUGGAAGGAGUUGUAAAACGAAACAAUUGUUAGGUGUGAUGUGGUGUACAGUUUGUCCCUCCAAAACUACAUACACACAACAUUGAAAGGACAUUUAAAAGUGGAAGACAAAAGCAAGCAACGAAGCAGAAAAGGAAGACAAAAGAUUGGUUAUUUUUCCUUUUUUCCUUCCCCCUAUUUUACAACAUCAUUUCAUUACUUGACCCUCAAAUCAAAUCAAAGCAAGGGGGGCUAACCUGUUGUGCAUUCUAUCUUACUUUUUUAAUCUUAAUCGAUCUAAUGGGAGAAAUGAAGCAGAAAACACACAAACAAAGAAGAAGAAUUGACCUAUGUUCCUUCUAUUUCCAGUUUCACCUUGUGUUU